UUUAAAGUGCAAGAAACCAGAGAAUGGCUUCUGGACCAGACCCUGGCGACCGAUCUAGGUUUGCCAAACUUGGAAUGGCAAUAAACGAAGAUUUGACGCAGGCCUGUAGAGAUGUCUUAGAAAUGGAGGUGCCUCCUGGACUUGUCUACAACAAAGUAAAGUCACAUUCAGUUUAUAAAAAAAUACGCCCUGAGCAAGAACUUCGUCUUAUAGGCGCCAAAACAGAUGGUUAUAAAGAAUUUGAUAUUACAUUGUUAUAUACAUUGAUAAGAAACAUAUGUACAAAGAUUCCACGUCCAACGAAAGGUUGGGGUAGAAACAUGAUGCCGUCAGUGGGAGAAGUAACGAUCGGCGAUGACAUUGAGAGGAUCAGAUUGAUACGAAACAACAUGUUUGGACACAUAAGCUCGGCUUCUACCUCAAAAGCAGAUUUUGAUGACACGUGGUCAGUCAUAACUGAUAUCUGUCAAAGAUUGCAAACGUGCACAAAGAAAGACUAUAUGUCUAGCCUUAGUAACAUUCAAAGUCAGGCCCUAGAAGAGGAGAACGAGAUAACAGUCAUAGAAAAACUGAGAGAAGAUUAUAAGAAUAACCAAUGUCUAAUGGAAAAGAUAUCUUCUUUGGAACAGGAUUUGCUAGAAUUGAAAUCAAAAUCCGAAAUUAAAGAAAACACACUGGUAAAAGAAAUUCUCGAGAAUUGGCGAGAAGACGACAUUGCCUUUAUUCCUACAAGAGCAAGUGAAGUGGUUGAAGAAAAGCUUAAACGUCUUAACCUAAUCACGGUGGUUGGAAAUUCUGGUUCCGGAAAAUCUGCAAUUAUUCAACACAUUGCACUCAAGUAUAAAGAACGGGGAUGGAAUGUCAAUCCAGUAGAUAAGGUGGAAGAAAUUAAAAAGAGUUGUGUAUCAGGAGUCUCAGAAAAUCGGAUAUUAUUUGUACUCAAUGAUCCUUUAGGUAAGGAAUCGAUGGAUGAAAUUUCAUAUCAUUCAUGGAUAAUUUUUCAGAAAACGCUGGAGAUUUGCUUGAAGAAAAAUAAGUUUUUGAUAUCAUGUAGAAGAUGCGUCUUUUAUGACAAGAGAGUCAAGGGUAUCUUAUUGGAUGAAUCCGCUGAAGUAGAAAUUGAGAACGAAGAAAAUGGACUGACGAUAGAAGAAAAAAGAGCGAUUUUUUAUCAGUAUUCACAAAAUCUGGAAUUAUCUGAAAAGGUUGUUACUGAAAUAAUCAAAACUGAAUCUUACUUCCCAUUGCUUUGUAAGCUUUUUUCAAGGGAAGCAAACUACAAAGAAAAAGGAGAUGAUUUCUUUAAACAUCCGUACAGAUUUAUUAAAAAGGAAAUUGAAAUUUGGAAGAAAACAGACAAGAAGAAAUUUUGCUCUCUUAUCUUGAUUGUAGCUUUUAAAAACAAUUUGAAAAUUGAAACCAUUCGAAGAAAUGAUAUUUCUAUGAGAAAAUAUAAAGACAUUUUAGGAAUGUGUGAGUUACAAGAAAACACACAUAUUUCAAUCAUUCGUAGUACUCUACAUGAACUUAAAGGAUCCUAUGUCAAACGUGUAGGAAAUGCUUUCCAAUUCCUUCACGACUUUAUUAUGGAGAUAACGACUUUGGUGUUUGGUGUUGAUUGUCCACGAGAGAUAAUCCAAUGCGCAGACAGUGGUUUUCUGAGACGUCGGAUGAGAAUAGAAGACGAUACAGAAGAGAAAGAUCGCGACCCCUUCACUGUCUACCUUCCUGAAGAGUACAUAGGUGAUCUUGUGGACAGGUUUAUCAUUGACAUGCAAACGGAAGGCCUUGUAGAUGUUCUACUCAAUCCAUGUUUAAGAAAAGAGAGUGUGAUCAAAUCUUUUAAGGAAAAAGUGGAUUCACCCGGAAGGCUUCUUGUCAGAAUUAAAUGUGAAAUAGACAGAUCAGAAUUUUCAAAAUUAUUUGAGGACGCUGGUUUUUCAAGACUUCAUGUUCUUGAUGCGGAAGAUGAAAUAUGUCCUUUGGUAGGACUUAUCUUAUUUUGCCAUAAUGAUAUUUCUUCAUUUUUCUUAAAAAGAAUCCCUGAAACGAAGUUAAAGGAUUACCCUAUUUUCUCUGCUCUGUGUGCGAAUGGCGAUUUAAACCUACUAAAUUCUCUUAGCGAGGAAUAUAAAAAAACAGGAAUGCUAGAAAAACUUCAUAUAUUUUUACCAAUUCACAUUGCUUCUGCAUUUCAUAACUUUUCAAUAAUUGAAGAAUUAGUAAAGCUAGGUAGUGAUGUUAACAAGUUUGAUGACGAUGAAGGCUUGUUAAGUCCAUUGUUAUUAGCAGCUGUAAAUGAUAACGAACAAUUGAAAGAAGCUGGAAUGGAUACAGAUGAUGGAGAAAUACGUAAUAAAACUAUUAUCUGCUUAUUAAACAACGGUGCAGAAAUCAAUCUAUGUAAUAAUGAUGGAUUAAGUCCUCUUCAUAUAGCUUGUGAAAAUGGAUAUGAUAGCACGGUACAACUGUUAUUGAACAACGGUGCCGACAUCAAUUUAUGUGAUAAUGAUAGAGACGGUCCUCUUUUUAUAACUUGCCAAAAUGGACAUGAUAGCACGGUACAACGGUUAUUGAGCAAGGGUGCCGAUAUUAAUUUAAGUAAUAAUGAUGGAGACAGUCCUCUUUAUAUAGCUUGUCAAAAUGGACAUCAUAGCACAGUACAACUUUUACUAAAAAACGAUGCCGACAUCAAUUUAUGUAACAAAAAUGGAACCAGUCCUCUUGAUAUAGCUUGUAAAAAUGGACAUGAUAGCACGGUACAACUGUUAUUAAACAACGAUGCCGACAUCAAUUCAUGUGAUUAUGAUGGAACCAGUCCUCUUUUGAUAGCUUGCCAAAAUGGACAUGAUAGCACCGUACGACUGUUACUGAACAACUGUGUCGACAUCAGUUUAUGCAACAAGAAUGGAACUAGCCCUCUUUGGAUAGCUUGUCAAAAUGGACAUGAAAGCACGGUACAACUGUUAUUGAACAGCGGUGCCGACAUCAAUUUACCUGAUAAUGAUGGAGACAGUCCUCUUUAUAUAGCUUGUCAGAAUGGACAUAAUAGCACAGUACACCUUUUACUAAACAACGGUGCCGACAUCAAUUUAUGUAACAAAAAUGGAACCAGUCCUCUUCAUAGAGCUUGUAAAAAUGGACAUGAUGGCACGGUACAACUGUUACUGAACAACGGCGCCGACAUCAAUUUAUGUAAUAAUGAUGGAGCAAGUUCUCUUUAUAUAGCUUGUCAAAAUAGACAUGAUAGCACGGUACAACUGUUACUGAACUACGGUGCCAACAUCAAUUUAUGUAACGAGAAUGGAACCAGUCCUCUUUGGAUAGCUUGUCAAAAUGGACAUGAUAGCGUGGUACAACUAUUACUGAACAAUGGUUCAAACGUCAAUUUAGGUGAUAAGAAUGGAAUCUGUCCUCUAAAUAUAGCAUGUUAUAAGGGACAUGAUAGCACGGUACAACUGUUACUGAAUAACAGUGCUGAUAUCAAUUCAUGUGAUAGAAAUGGAGCCAGUCCUCUUUAUAUAGCUUGUCAAACUGGGCAUGAAAGCACGGUACAACUGUUACUGAACUACGGUGCCGACAUCAAUUUAUGUAACAAGAACGGAACCAGUCCUCUUUGGAUAGCUUGUCAAAAUGGACAUGAUAGCACGGUACAACUGUUAUUGAACAACGGUGCCGACAUCAAUUUAAUUGAUAAUGAUGGAGCCAUUCCUCUUUGGAUAGCUUGUCAAAAUGGACAUGAUAGCACGGUACGACUGUUACUGAACAACAGCGCCGACAUCAAUUUAUGUACUGAUGAUGGAGCCAGUUCUCUUUAUAUAGCUUGUAAAACUGGACAUGAUAGCACGGUACAACUGUUACUGAAUAACAGUGCUGAUAUCAAUUCAUGUGAUAGAACUGGAGCCAGUCCUCUUUAUAUAGCUUGUCAAACUGGACAUGAUAGCACGGUACAACUGUUACUGAACUACGGUGCCGACAUCAAUUUAUGUAACAAGAAUGGAACCAGUCCUCUUUUGAUAGCUUGUCAAAAUAGACAUGACAGCACGGUACAACUGUUACUGAACAACGGUGCCGACAUAAAUUCAUGUGAUAUUGAUGGGGUCAGUCCUCUUUAUAAAGCAUGAUAAACUGGGCAUUACAUCACGGUACAACUAUUACUGAACAAUUGCGCCGUCUUCAAUUUAUGCGAGAAGAGUAGGGUCAGUCCUCUUUAUAUAGCUCGUCAGAAUGGACAUAACAGCACGGUACAACUGUAACUGAACAACAAUGACGACAUUAAUUUAUGUAACAAGAAAAGGGGCAUUCCCAAGGCGCAUUCCCCCAUUGAUAGCUAAAAAUGGACAUGAUAGUACAAUGUUUGAUAUACAAUGGCGCCUCAUCAAUCUUUUGAGUCAAGUGUGCCAUAAUUCUCCUUCAAGAACUUCAUUAGUGUUUUGACUUCUACCAGAUAUUAGCAAAUUCGAGUCAUAUCUUAUUUAAUCGCUUUAUUUGUUAGAAAAAAUAAAGAUUUUUUUU